AUGACACAAGGAGUGUCAAUGCUCGACUGUAUGCCAGAGUGUCCUUAUCACCGAGCCCUUGGGUUUGAAUCUGGAGCUGUUACAAAAGAUCAGAUAAGUUGUUCCAAUGAAGAUCAGUACAACGGCUGGUACUCUUCAUGGAUAUCAAACAAAGCACGAAUUAAUAGCCAGGGUUUUGGGUGUGCAUGGCUAUCAAGAUACCAGGACAAUCAGCAAUGGCUUCAGAUCGACUUGAAGGAAAUCAGAGUCAUUUCUGGGAUAAUAACUCAAGGGCGAUGUGACGCUGAUGAAUGGAUGACAAAGUACAGUGUACAGUACAGAUCCAGUGAAACCCUUAACUGGGUUUACUAUAAAGAUCAGACAGGAAACAAUCGCGUGUUUUAUGGAAAUUCAGACCGAUCAUCAUCAGUACAGAAUUUCCUGCGUCCUCCGAUUGUAGCUCAAUAUAUUAGAAUUAUACCAUUGGGAUGGCACGUUCGAAUUGCUAUCAGGAUGGAACUACUUGAAUGUCUGAAUAAAUGUUAG